AUGAAAAGUGCUUUCAUCUUGCUAUUUACCAUUCUAUCCAUCGGGUUUGCCUCAACUGAACAGCCCAUUGACACGUUACCCCCAUCACCAGCACCACCCGUUGUACUUACAUUACCAGCACCUCCAUUCGAUUGGCGAGAUGCUAUAGAGAAAGAGCUGGGACGACUGAAGCUAUUGACACACCAGGCUGAACAAGAGCUCACCACUUUGGGACGACGAAAGCAGCAGCUUACAUGGGAUGAUAUUUACUUUGAUCUACGACGCAUGUUCCCUGAGAUGUUUGAAAUGUUUGAGACACUCGUUGUUACGAAGCAGGAGCAGGAGGAGGAGGAUCGACCACAAGAACAAGGAGAACAAGAGUGUGAUGAUAGGAUAAAAGCAAUGAUUGAACGCCGUCGCCAAUUACUCUGGGAAGAACUCGACGCUGAGAAACGACAAGAAUUAGCACAAUGGGCCGAGAAAGCUCAAAAGGAACGAGACCCUACAAAAGCUGACAAUGAAUUGGCUGCUAUUGCAUGGAUGCAAGGACCAACACGACGUGUAUUUGAAGAAUUAUCAGCCGAUGACAUCCUUGAUGAAUUCAGAGUUCCUUCAGUAUGGAAGAGUGCGUACAACGUCAUUGUCAGCACACCAAAGCAAUGGGCUAAACGAACAGUGGAGAAAUGGGUCGGCUGUAGUUGCGAAUAG